UGGAGUGAGGAAGCGGGGGCGAGUGUGAGGGGAAGAAGAGGACAGAGAGACAGCUUGUCUUUAAGUUCACGCUGAAUUUGGAUGUCUGAGGGACGCAUUAAAAGGACUAGCACAUGUUUGUCGUGUAGUUUCCUGAGGUUUAGCCGUUUGAGAGCCUUUGUGGCCCCACAGCUCUCUGUGUCCUGCCAGUCCACACUGAUCUAUUGCAAUGCAGCUCGAGUUGAACUGAAACAAACGACGAGCUCAGCUCAGCUCAUCUUUCAUCUCUGAAUUAAACCAAGACUAGGACUGGUUUUUAUUUAUUUUGUCAAGCAAGAGGCCACACUGUCAGCUGUUUCUGCAGCCUGUCUCAAUGGAGAGCUGCGGUCGGGACUCUCCUGGGAGCUGCAAGAGGACAUAAAGGAUCCUGUGACUUUUAUUAUUAUUAUUAUUGUAAUUUAUUAUUUUUUUUCCAAUCUCCAAAAAGUCGACGCAAAUCUGAGAUCAAGCCAGAAGUCUCACGAUGGAUUUCAGCAAACUGGCAGCUUUGUGGAUCGUCUGUUUCUGCUUGCUCAGGGACUGUCAAGCCGACAAGCUCGGUCAAGCCAGCACAGAGCCCCAACAACUCGACAACGAUCUGUGCCGAAUUGACGAGCCCCUCUGCCAAGACGAAAACGCCAUCCUCAGUUUCGAAGCCAUCCGGAGCAUUCACAAGCAGAUGGAUGACGACGCUAACGGAAACGUGGACGUCGCCGAGACAGAUGGGUUCCUGAGGGAGGACCUGAACUACCACGACCCCAAAGCCAAGCACAACAGUUUUCAUGGUGAUGACCAGCUCAUCAGUGUGGAGGACCUGUGGAACGCGUGGAAGAGCUCGAAAGUGUAUAACUGGACGGUGGACGAGGUGGUGGACUGGCUGGAAGCCUACGUGGAGCUGCCGCAGUACGUGGAGGCUUUCCGCAAAAUGACCUUCAACGGAACGUCCAUGCCUCGUCUGGCUGUGAAGAACUCCACUCUCGCAGUGACCGUGCUGAAGAUUCUGGACCGCAGUCACGCUCAGAAACUUCAGCUGAAGGCCUUGGACACCGUUCUGUUUGGAGCCCCAAUGAUGAACAGCCACAACCAUUUAAAGGACUUCAUGCUGGUGGUGUCGAUAGUCAUUGGUAUGGGCGGCUGCUGGUUCGCUUACAUCCAGAACCGCUACUCCAAAGAUCACAUGAAGAAGAUGAUGAAAGACCUGGAAGGCUUACAGAGGGCUGAGCAGAGCCUCCAUGAUCUCCAGCAGAAGCUGCGAAUCGCCCAGGAGGAGCACCGCACGGUGGAGGUGGAGAAGGUCAACCUGGAGCAGAAACUCAGGGACGAGAUAAACUCUGCCAAGCAGGAGGCUCAGCGGCUGCGCGAGCUGCGGGAGGGAACAGAGAACGAGCUCAGCCGCCAGAAAUACGCCGAGGAAGAGCUGGAACAGGUACGCAUGGCGCUGAAGAAGGCUGAGAAAGAGCUGGAGUCGCGCAGCAGCUGGUCUCCACCUGAAGCUCUGCAGAAAUGGCUGCAGCUCACACACGAGGUGGAGGUGCAGUACUACAACAUCAAGAAGCAGAACGCUGAGAAACAGCUGCUCGUCGCCAAAGAGGGGGCAGAGAAAAUAAAAAAGAAGAGGAACACGCUGUUUGGGACGUUUCACGUGGCCCACAGCUCCUCACUGGAUGAUGUGGAUCACAAAAUCCUGGCAGCGAAGCAGGCUCUGGCAGAGGUCACAGCUGCCCUGCGAGAGCGGUUACACCGGUGGCAGCAGAUCGAGAUGCUGACGGGUUUCACAGUUGUGAAUAAUCCGGGUCUGCCCUCACUCGCCUCCGCCCUCAACCUCGACCCCAGCUUCAUGGGGGGCCGCGCCACGCCGCAGCCCUUCGUCAUGUCCGAAGAUAUGGACGACAUGGACGAGGACAUCGUGGCACCCGGACCUCUGCAAUCUCCCAGUAUGAUGUCUCUUCGCCAGAGGCACAUUGACCCGCAGCUGGCCAUGGGCUCUCAGAGGGAUUUGAACCGCUCCGAUUCGGACUCCUCCCUGUCCGUAUCUCAGACCAGCGAACAGCUACGCCUGUCGUUGAUUUCCAAGACGCCGCCCACGAAGCCCUCGUCUCUUCUUCACGGGUCCUACUCGCGCUCCGAGGAAUCGGCUCCGUUCCACGCUCCCAACGGUGGAAACAGAGUCCCCGACUCGGGCGGUUCUCCUGACGGAGGCUCGGACAGCCCCAUCCUGAUGAAAAAGAUCUACGGGAUCGGGAAGUCAGCCAGCAUGAGCGAGAUCCACGGCUCCAUGUCAGAAUCGUCGCGCUCCUUAAGCCCGAACUCGACCGAACCAGACACGCCGUCUCCAACAGCGCUUCCCGGGAUAGCGGCGAUGAAGGGCGGGAGUCGCAUCCCUCAGAUCUCAUCGAAGAAAAGCCCACUGGAGGAAGACAGCGGCUCCACGGGCGAAGACACUGACUCCACGAGCCGCAAGAAACACACCCCGUUCAAGAUCUUCAAGAAGCAGAAGAAGUAACGAGGGUUUGGUUACAGACUGCUCGAAAAAAGAUGCGUCUGGAGGCUGCUCCAUGAUUUCCUGUGUAUUUGUCGUGGCACACACACAUGCCUUGGUGAGGAUUCUGUUGGGACUUCAGGAGGCGUCCUUGUUGUUCUUGUUGUUGUUAUUAGUAUUAUUUUUAUUCCUCUCCUUCUCAGUCGUUUUGUUUUUUCGUCAGAGGAUUGAACUCCAGUGGGACAUGGGAAUGUAAAGUUAUUUAUUCUACAGCAGGCAGCGCCACUUUGUUUGUUUUUUUGUUGUUUUGUUUCUUGCCGUUUUCUCCUUGUACGUUCCUGAUCGGCUUGCAUGUCUUGGCUGAAAUUUUUCGAACGCUCUUAAAUGUUUGCUUGGUUCUCAUUUCCUGCAGCUUGAACACACGUUAUCUGGUGUUCUUUUUCUGGCAGCCCACUUUGUGUUCUUUUUCUUUUGUUUUUUUUUUGUCCUGGGGAAUUUUAAUUAAGACAUUUUAAAGCAGUGUGAUCAGUACUCGAUACUAGACAAAGGCCAGGGGAGCAAAAAAUAAAAUAAAGAAAAGGGCUGAACCAUGUUUGUGAAAUCCUCCUUAAAUCUGUUGCACUACUGCUGAUUGUUCGCGAAGUGGUUCUGCAGUAAUUAAGAGUCGUGGAAUAGAGACGGAAAACAAAAGUCUAACGGUAGGCAUAUCAGGUGAAAAGUCAAAUUCAGUCCAAGUUGCUUGAAACUGCUCUCACUGAAUGCAGAACAACGUACUUUUUACAGAAUUAAAACGUGUUUAUCCGUUCUCCAGAUAUUACAAAUCAAAGACUGAAGAAACGGCUUCAUUUUUAGAAAAGUACCGUAAUAUUCUGUCUGAGGAUCACGUGGUCCAAAAUGGGCCUCGUUAACCAAUGAGAUCAAAUGUUUUUUUUCUUAAUGAUAUGUUGGGUUUUUUUCCAAGAUAUUUAUAUGGAAAUUGGCGUGAACAUAGAUGGUUGUAUACUGAAUACAAAGUUUGUAAAAUGAGUAAAAACCAAUUAUGCAGAUUAGUACGUUAAAUCGGUACACUCUCUUCUUCAAAGUUUCACCAAAUGGCUUUAUUUGUGCGAUAUAAAGCUGAUCUUAACUCAUUUACACAUCGCAAAGGAGGAGAAAUCGGUGUUGAUUAUAAAAUCUGCAUCAAUAAGCACUGAACAUCAUUCACAUCACAUUCUUGAUCGAAAUAAAAAAAAAGUACUAAAAGAUUAUUUCUAAUCCCCUCUUUGUGCUCUGUAGGGCUUUGUAUUUCUCCGUAGGGCCUACUAGUGUUUAUAUGAAAGAAUAUAAAUGAUUAUUUCGAUUAAUAUUCACAGCUUUCAAGGCGAACCUCGAAAAAACUGUCUGAUCCACAUCCAAUUAACAAUUCACUGAACUGAACUGAAAUUGACACUCGCGUUUCUGACUUCGGGUUUUUUAAAAUCUCAUCCCGACCACUAAGAUCUCAAUAUUUUUCAUCAAAACAACUCAAGUUAUAUUCUAAAAUAGUUAUUUAUUUACAGGAAUCAGUUUGAUUUGAAAAAAUAAGUAGGUAAAGCUACGAAAACUCAUUUCAAAGUCUCCCGUGAAUCAUAACAUCAAAACUAGCAGACGGAAAAUUUUGCAAAAUACUUCAUCGGAAACACUCAGUGCGUUUACAUGCACAUCCAAAUCGAGCUACUGUCGGUAAUCGAGCUAAGGGUCCCAGCAGGGGUGCCAGAGAAAUCCAAUCCUUCAUGCACACAAGGAAAUCGAGCUAUUGUGUGAGGUACAUUGUGCACCCGAGCCACAGGUGGCGCUACACGCCCCAUCGUGUUGGUACACUUCCAGUUGUCGUCAUGAAGAAGAGCUAUUCAAGAGUAUAAACAAAGUUAUCAGUUCCGUGUUCACAAGAAGAAUGACGACGAGGACAGCAACAUUGAGAUAUAUUCAUUCAUUCAACUCCUUAAGCUGAAUGAGCAUGAACUCUAUCUCCUCAUUGCUCCAGAAGUGCACGUUUCUACUACUGUUGUCAUGCCGACCGAGGCUGUUGUGUUUCCCGCUUGUGGUCUCGUCACUUCUGGAAGGCGCAGUGCUGAAGUAAGCAGCUCGACUACGUAGCUCGAUAGGGUUUACAUGCACUAAGUAGCUCGGCUACAAUUGCAUAAUCUAGGUCGCGUAGCUCGAUUACGAGAAAUCCAGUUCGGUUCGAAUUCAGCUGAGCUAAGGUGCUUCCAUGGCAUUUAGAACUUUGAUUUCAGUCGAGCUACGACAGAAAUUUGAUUUUCUCUAUGUGCAUGUAAACGCACUGAGUGAGAGCGAGAGAACAUCCCUAUAAAAGUGAUCUGAUUGAUAUCCAUGAGUAAUCCAGUGGGAAACCGAUCAUGAGAGAAAGAGAGAGCCUGAGCGCUUUCCUAUGACUCAAAAAGAAAAGCACCGGCAGUUUCCCGACGUCCCGCGAGCAGAGUUUUUACUUUGUUGUACCGACUUCAACCUGCUGUUACUCCCAAAGUACUGAACAGAUCUUAACCAGAUAGAUUUCUCUGGAAAGCAGAGAUUAUAAGCUUUUUAAUGAGAGUAUUCACGAGUUAAGCAAUGACAGAUUUGGAAACUUAGAUGAGCGUCUGCAUGGACAAUUUUCACAGCACGGCCAGCGAGCGUCUGAUAUGCCUACUCAUGGUCUUGAUCAUUCCAACUCCUCUUAAAGGACCAUAUGCGCUGUGGGUUGUGAUUAAAACACCACAUGACUGUU